AUGUGCCCUAUUCAUGUGCCCCUGGCAGCAGCAGCAGCACCAGCACCACUGGCACCAGCAGCAGGCAUGGCGUGUCGGGGCUUCCUGCAGUGCCUGCUGAAGCUCUUCAACUUCGCCCUCGCCAUCGUGGGGGUACUUCUGAUUGUAUACUCCCUCUCGCGCCUCGUUCACCUCGACCCCGACCUCCAUCCACCCAGCCCCCCUUCUUCCUCUCCCUCACCCUCACCCUCCUCUCUCUCCUCCUCCUCGCGCCUCGCCCCCGUCUCAAUGCACCUAUCCUCGCCGCUGCCUGGCGCUACACAACUCGUCAGUGGCAGCAGCAGCAGCAGCAGCAGCAGUGCGAGCAGCCUUGGCGGCAGGAGGCAGUUGGGGGUGAGCAGCAACGAGCUGCGCCUGCCCUACCUCUGGUUCAUCUACGUGUUGGUGGGGGGGGGAGCGCUGCUCACGCUGGUCACCAUCGUGGGCGCCGUGGCGGCAGAGAGCAACAACGGCUGCUGCCUCUCAUGCUACCAGUUCGGCCUCUGCGUGCUGCUGCUCAUCCAAGGAUCCCUUGCUGCCCUCGUCUGGCUUCAGGACGUGCCAGAGGACCCCACGGGCGAGUACGAGAGGGAGAGGGCGUUUGUGCUGCGCAAUCUCGACCUCUGCCGCCUCGCUGCCGUCAGCCUGCUGCUCGUGGAGGGCACGGCGCUGCUGCUGGCGAUGAUGCUGAGUGCCAUGCACAGCGAUGCUGCACUGGCGGACCACGACGACGACUACAUCCCCCCCCACCCCCAUCCCAACUCCCGCCUGCGCCAACCGCUCCUCCGCCCACCCCACAUGGCGCCCCCUCCUCCCUACUCCGCCGCCAUCCCCUCGUCCUCUGCUGACGCUGCUGCUGCUGGUGGUGGGAGUGGUGUGAGUGGCGUGGGUGUGGGGGGAGCAGCGGACGGUGCAGCAGCAGCAGCAGCAGGAGGAGAAGGGGGAGCAGCAGCGCUGUCAGAUGCCUGGCGGAACCGCAUUCUGGAGAAGGCUGGCUGCAAGCGCUGCUGUACGGGGCUGAGGCCAUCACUCGGAUGCCCUUCACUGCCGGAUGUGCCUGCCCCUGCUUCUGCCACUCACUCUCUCACUCACCUGCUACCCCACCCCCAUCUCCCCCGCCCUUCCUCCAUCCCUUCCCCUGCCACUAUCCCUCCCACCCCGCGCUUCCCACCCCCUCCACCAGUACGGGCUGAACACCAACGAGUUACACCACGCCGUCAACGCGCCCACACAGCCCGGGCUGUAGCGACAGAUUUGCCUGCCUCUGCUUGUGCCUCUCGCCCUCUUACCCACCCGCCACCAUCCCCCCCUUCUUCCCACCCCUCCCCCCACCCCUCAUGCCACCAGUACGGGCUGGACACCAACGAGUUCCACCACCCUGUCAACGCGCCCCAUGCACCGCCCAUGCCCCCGCAGCCCCCCCCUUCAUCCUCCGCCUGUGCCCUCAUGUGA